AUGGUUUCUUGGUUUCCCGACGAUGGCGACGAUUUGGCUACGUACGAAGAGUCCAGUUUGACGCUGAGUGAGACGCAGCACAAGCCAUUGACUCCACCGCCUGAAAUCCAGGAAGUUCUUCGACGAGCGAAGGCUGGACAGAUCAGCAGUGUUUACGAGACGCACAGUUCAGAUGCACCGACGUAUUCGAUCGUGCGACAGGAUUUUUCUAAGCAGUUCAGCCUGGCACCAAGCCUCCGGAACCCGUCAAAACCUCACCCUCCGGCAGCUCCUACCAAACUUCGAGCCCGAUACGUCGAUACGUUCAACUCACCAUAA